CGCGCCCGCUUCCGCCCGCGCCUCAGCCUCCGAGCGACUCGGCGAGCGCGGCGGCCGCGCCAUGGGCGACAAGAAGAGCCCCACCAGGCCGAAGCGGCAGCCGAAGCCGUCCUCGGACGAGGGCUACUGGGACUGCAGCGUCUGCACCUUCCGGAACGGCGCCGAGGCCUUCAAGUGCAUGAUGUGCGACGUGCGCAAGGGCACCUCGACGCGGAAGCCCCGGCCCGUCUCCCAGCUGGUUGCACAACAGGUCACGCAGCAGUUUGUGCCCCCUGCACAGUCUAAGAAAGAGAAAAAAGAUAAAGUAGAAAAAGAAAAAAGUGAAAAGGAAACAACUAGCAAAAAGAACAGUCAUAAGAAAACCAGGCCAAGAUUGAAAAAUGUGGAUCGGAGUAGUGCUCAGCAUUUGGAAGUGACCGUGGGAGACCUGACGGUCAUCAUUACAGACUUUAAGGAGAAAACCAAGUCGCCGGCCGCAUCCAGCGCUGCCUCCGCGGACCAGCACAGCCAGAGCGGCUCGAGCUCUGACAACACAGAGAGAGGGAUGUCCAGGUCGUCUUCACCCCGAGGGGAAGCCUCCUCACUGAAUGGGGAGCCUCAUUAGGGUUUAUUUUCACUGCUGUCCUGUCAUGCACACACAGAUUAUGCCAAGAAGUACCACAUUUUCAUGACACACACGUUCGUGCAAGUCCAUAAUUUGAGUUUGACACAAAAUGGAAACUUGUUAGAAUUGGUCAGAUUUUAAUGCAGUCUUUGCCUACCAGACAUUUCCGAGACUUAACAUUUUGGUCUCUGCAGUUAAGUGCCAUGAAAAUGUGGUUGAAUUACUCAUUAUGCAGUGUUAUUGGUAAGUCUGUUCUCACUUUUAGUUUAGUGAAUUGUAACACAUAAUUCUUGAAUUCUCUACUAUUGGCAUGUAAUGAAUUUAAAUUUUUUAUAACAUAGUGCAAGCUGCCUAAAUAUGUAUUAUUUGAGAAUUGUGAAACAAAUAGUUAUAUGUAUACAAGUCAGAGAUCAACUUAAUCAACUAUUGCUGCAACAGGAUUUUCUUAAUGGUUAUCCUCUUAAAUACACCUGCUGGUACUUGGUGUGGUUAAAUAGGAAAAUUGUUAUUAAAUAAAGAAUUUGUAUGAACCUUUGCCAAUGUUUUUGACACGUUUUACUAAAUUAUUGUUCCUGAAUUAUGUUUCUGGUUUUAUGUUUUUUUGUUUGUUUGCUUAUUUUUCAAAACAUUCAUUUAUUGUAAUGUUUACUAGCAGACUAGUAAACAAUAAAGCAUUGAUUGUUUAGCUUUGUGAUUCAGGUUUAGUGCUGUUGUCAUUGAACACUGGUAUUUUCUGUAUUAUAUAAAACAUUAAAAUUCAAAUAAUUAUAAGCAUUUGGCAACACAGAAGAUAAAAUAAUCUUGCCAUGUUUUAAAAGCUGCAGUUUUGGAAAAGCUUUAACUUGAUGAUAGUUUUAUCACUGUUUCCUUGUCCCAGGCUUCUCCAGGGUCAUAGAAGUAUAUAUCUAAUACAGAAUGGGGACUGUUGCUCAGAACUGGAAAUAGCUAAUGUUAAAUCAGCCGGAUUGGCCUCUUACAGUAAAUAUUACAGUUCUUAGGAAGACCAUAGUACCCGAUUUCCAGAUACAGCUGCCAAUUUCUGCAUUUAUCAGUAUCCUGAAAUAAAACAGUAUUUACAGCCCCACUCACUAUUAUGUAAAAUUACCAAUAAAAUAUUUUUAUGACUACA